CAUGCUUUUGACAUACAUUUUUUUAUCUAUCUUUUUAUGGCUAUCAUUUACUAACUGAGGAGAAAAUAUUAAGCUUUAUUCAGUUAGUAAAUAAGGCUGUGGUUAAGAACCACUGUAGUUCUAUAGUGUUUAGUAUGGAAAUGUAAAAGGAAUGUAAUAUUGUGUUGAGUGAUGUAAUAACUGAAAUUGGAAUAAAAUUUUUUUUUCAGAUACACAAAGACAAACUAUUAAUGGAGAGAAUUCUUUUGAUUCAGCCACAAAUGAAGAAGUCUUUAACAGAAAUAAAGUCCAAAAUACUGAACCAGGGCAAAACUCUUCAGAUCUAAUGAUAGAGAGUGCAGAACAGUUUAUUAUCAGCCAUUCAUGUUCAGUAUUAGAAACGGAUACUAAGCCUCUAACAUCGAGUAUCAGGGAAGAUGCUGCUGAUCAGGAUUCAGGCCACAUUCAGUCUCAGUCCUCUAGUCAAGAUGUACAUCAUCCAAGAUAUCUUAUUAAGGGGAGAACAAAGGGUAUUGGUGGAACACAGUCAAUUACCCCCAGUGUUUCUCUUAUAAACCCAACAAAGCAAAAAAUGUAUUUAGAUGAAUAUAUCCGAGAUGAAGUUAUUGUUUUAUUGGGCAUGGCUUUUAUUUCCUCUUUCUGUCAAACAACGCUAGAAAUCAUCCUAGUUUUUGUUGUGAUUCGAAUAAUAAGUAAGAGGUUUUCUGACCGAAGUAUGCUACUUAUGGGAGUAUCUAUACUAUGCCUAGCCUUGGGAUGGUCUUUGGCAUGCUUACCAACAGCCAAACCUAAUGAUAAAGGAUCUUUACCAUAUCUCAUCGUGGGAAUUAUUAUUGAUUUACUUGGGAUUCCUUUCUUGUUUGUUUGUUCAACUUCUCUUCUAUCUAAGGUGACAAGCAAUAAAAAUCAAGCAUUAAGUCAGGGUUUAAGAAGAACUAUGGUGAGUUUGGGAUGUAUUAUUGGACCACUGUGGGGAGGUGCUUUGCUUGAACCACGUUUUCGUUAUAUUUUGUUUGCCGUUCCUUUUGCAGUUUGUAUUCUAAUCACAGUUAUGUUUUUGGGCUCUUAUCGUCGUCUCAAGACCACUACCAAUAUUUCCUCAAACUGCUCAGAUCAAGACAUUGCUAACCAAAAUGAUGGUGAUAUUGCAGAUACCCAUAGUCUCCUUUCUAAUACUUGAUAUUUAUUACUCUUUAAUACUUUAAUGAUGUUUCUUAUUAUCUUGAAAUAACUCAUUUUUUGAUUAUGUGUUAAAAACUUUGUGAAGAAGAAGUACCAGCAUAUUUGUAUGACCUUCCAACAAAUGAAUAUGAUAUUUUCAAACAGCAGUGCAAUUCAGAGAUUUGAAUUUAAUAAUAAUUUAUACUUGUGCCAUUCAAAUGUAAAUGUUCAGUGGGAAAGUAAUUCACCCAUUUGGCUUAAAUUAUUGAGUUGAAUUGUUUUUGCAAAGAAUUGGUUUUAGAUUAAUUUGAAUGUUGCAAGAAGAAAAUGGCUGUAUUUUAGGUUUAUUCUAUUUUGUAUAUGUUUUGUAUAUAUAUACAUACAUAUGCUUGUGUACUUCUGUGCUACAGACAAAAUACUUUAUUUAUACUCUGGUAAGUUAUAUUAAAUAAGAAGUUAAAUCACCAUUACAUUUGUCACAUUAACUUGUUUUAUAUAACAGUGUUGCUGAAGUAUUUUUUUAGUUAAUCUUAAAGGUUCUGUGGUUGUUUUUAUGAACUUCAGAUUAUAUAACUUGAAAUAGUAACUUGUGAAUUUUUUUAGAAUGGAAAAAAAAACUAUUCAAGUUUUUUGUUUUAUGAUUAGGGUUGUCUUGGGUGUUUAAAUUUAUCUCAGCGAUUCAGAUGUGUUAGCCGCUAUUUGCACAGCCAUAAGUCAGAUGGCUUGUAACAUCAAAUAUCAGGUUUUGAUAUCUGUGGUAGGCACAACACAGAUAAUCCAUUGUGUAGCUUUCUGCUUAACUACAAACAAACAAAUUCAGACAUGUAUUGAGUCACAAAUGAGUCACAUAUUUUAAUAUAAACAGCACAUUUGUAAGAGAAUGAGAAGUUUAUUUUAGGGUAUGUGUUUGAAUCACCAACAAAGCUUGAUAUUAUUCAGUGAUGACUUAUGCAAAUGUUAGCAUAUUUUAACAAAAUAUAUAAAGUACUUAACUAUCAAAUGGCAAGAAGUAUUUAAAUUUCUGUCUGUCUUUCUUUCUUCAUUUUAAUUUUUUUAAAGUAUACAUUUUACACCGCAUGUUUCAGUGAGUGAUUUGAUGUUAUUUGCAGUAACUAAAAGCAAAACCUAUUAAAAUUUACAGAAUGAAAAUGAACGUUCUGUUCUUUGGCAUAGUUACAAAAAUAAUAUGAAAAGGAACCUCAUUGUGUUAGCCAUACAAAUAUAUAGAAAAUCAAGUAAAAACAGAAAUAUCAUUAAACAUACAAGUUGGUUUAUACCAGGAUGAUCAUAGGCUAGCAUGAUUUUUAAUUCUCUGUUGUCUCAAGAUAACAUUUCACUCAAAGAACUACAUAAUUUCCGUUUCUAGAUAAUAAUUUAUUUUGAAAAGUAAUUUUGUCUACUUAAUUUUGCCAGAGACAAAACUAAUUUCUAAAAAUUAUGCAAUUAUAUAUUUUUUUUGUAUAUAGGUAUUAACAUUACUUACAUGUGGUUUCCUAGCUUAUUAAACUAAGAGGAAACCAAUUUAAAAUUGCCAAGCAUAUCUUCCAGCCAUAUUAGUACAGUGUAGCCCUAUUAUAAUGCGAUCAUUGACGUCCAUAAAAUGUUAUCGCGAAACAAGCGGGGGUUGCACUAAAUCAGGGUUUUACUUAAAAUCUUAAAAGUUAUUAAUUUGUAAACUAUAACGAGGUUAUGGUUACGAGGUCAGUCCCAGUGACCAAGCCCGUGUCGAAAGAGUUAAUGACCCGUCACGUUAUAUCCGAAUUCGCGUUAAAUCGGGGCACUUAAAAUCGGGGUUUCUAUUAGAAUACUUCCACUGCUGUUUAUUAAGGUUGGUGUCACCUUUGCAUUCUGUUGUGAACAUUAUCAUAUUGUGUUAAUUUUAUUAAUGUAAUAACUUUAUUUUUUAUCAAUACCACUUGGAUAGAACAUUCACUAAUUUUAUAUUUAUUUUGAUGCAUUUUUUUUUGCAUUGUAUGUAUGAUAAAUGAAAAGUAGGUUUAAAGUCAUCACACAUGACGCUAAAAUUACUGUUUCCAUGUCAUGAAUGUAAAAUAUAUGUAUAAAAUAAUAAGUAACACCAAACUUUGUAUGUUAAUUGUCUUUCACAUAUAGACAAAUACACCUGGAGCUCUAAAGAUUACUUUGAAUUACCAAUUACUUAACACCUCCCUAUGUUCAUUCCAAGAUUUAUUUUCAUCAUUGUUUAAUGAACAUUAUGAACUAGUUUGUUCAUGAAGUAAUGAGUUUUAUAUGUGUUUAUGAAAUUAUGAACUUUGGGUUUAGAAUACUUAUAAUAUAAUAAUAUAUUUUUUCUUUUAGUAUAUUGUAAGUAAUGUAAUAUUUUGUUCAUUCUUCAGUAAGUAGACAGAAUAUUUUACUUCAACAUCAAGUUCUCAGACAUGACUCAUUUAAAAGACUUGGAAAUCAAGUAAAACAAUUAUGUUGUCAAGUGGAUACACUGAAUGUUUCUUUGUAUAUUUGAUCUCUCUAGCUUAAAAUUAUAAUGAAACAGACAGUCGAAAGCUAUAAACGGUUCUUACAACAUCGUUUUAAGGCAUCGAGAGCUUUUUUUUCUUAUUGUACUCCGUUUCUAGUAGUGUUCUUAUGUUAUUUACUAAUUUUAUUCCAAAACCUGCGGUGUAGUACAUGAACGUCCUGGAAGUUAUCAUUGGUAAUACUAAGUUAGGUUAAUAAACAUUAAACCGAAACACUCAGAACUGUAUCGGUUUGUACAACUGUCAAAUACUCGAGGUUUUGGCGAAGAUUUCAUGUUGCUGUGUUUGUACCUGUUAAAAUUUCUUUAGUUCUCGAGAAACUCCCUUUUCAAAUAUGCCAUAGUGGGUAUUUAUAAAAGUAGAAUUCUUCAAAUACUGGAAAUAUAAAAAAUUAUCAAUAAUUUUUUUGCACUUAAAUUGUUUAAUAUUCCUACUAUACUUAAAGGUGUACAUCUUUUUUUAUUGAUGUUGAUUUUUUCCUAAAUGUUGAAACUUGCGCGUUUAAUGAUUAAAGAACACAUAGUCAGUGCUCUUACCGCUAGAAUAUAAAUUUCUGUUGUUUCAGUGUGUAUGUAAAAAAAUUAAAGUUAAUUUAACUACUUUUUCAUUAUCUCUAAGGGAAUAUCUCAGAAGUACAAAGCACUGUUUUCCUUGAUGGUUUUUUUUAUUGUAAGAGUUAUUUGGUGGUGUAUCCGAGCUGUUGGAAGUUGAGUCAGGAAUCUUUUAUUUGAAAUGAUGAAACAAAUGUGUAUACUUGUGAUGUUAAAGUAAUAAAAUGUUAC